AGCGCCAUGUGUGGCAACAGGCGCGUUGGCUCCCACACUAUUUAAACAGAGGGCUAUAGACCAGCGAGGAUCAAUAAGAUUAGCCAGGAGGCAGAGCGUGGGGGAGGAAGAUGCCCCACUAAUAACAAGUUGCUGGGACAGUUAGUUAACCUGCCAAAACACCCUUAAAAAUCAGCCACCCAACAACCGAGAGAAAACCAGCAGCUCCCUCUUACCCCCACGGGCUAGUGGUCUCUGUAUUAAAGUGUGCAGGGGGCGGAGGUUGGUAGCACUUUCUUGUUCUGUGCAGGGCACACGGGGACUCGGAGGCAGCGGCGAGAGGGGGGAGGGAGCUCACUGCUAUUGAAACAAUGCCAUCCUUCCUCUUACUUAGCGUCCCCUGCAUCCUCAUGGCUUGGAUGGUCCUGGCAAGCAGCAGCAGCAGCCCCGACGAGGAGAAGCUGAUCAGGGUCCUGGUGCUGCUACCCAAGGACAACUCCUACCUGUUCUCCUUGGCCAGGGUCAAGCCAGCCAUCGAGUACGCCGUGCGGAGCCUGCAGGAGAACGGGACCUGCCUGCCGGGCUACCGUUUCGAGGUCAUCUACGAGGACUCGGAGUGCGGCAACCGGGCGCUCUUCAGCCUGGUGGACCUGGUAGCCCUGAAGCAGCAGAAACCGGACCUGCUGCUGGGGCCCGUCUGCGAGUACGCGGCUGCCCCGGUGGCCCGGCUGGCCUCCCACUGGAACCUGCCCAUGAUCUCGGCUGGGGCGCUGGCCACCGGCUUCAGCACCAAGACGGGCGAGUACUCGCACCUGACCCGGGUCUCGCCCGCCUACUCCAAGAUGGGCGAGAUGUUCCUGGCCCUGUUCCGGCACCACAAGUGGAGCCGGGCCACCCUGCUCUACAGCGACAACAACCAGGAGCGCAACUGCUACUUCACCAUGGAGGGGGUGCAUGUGGUCUUCCAGGAGGAGGCGUUCCCCAUGGCCGUGCACAGCUUCGACGAGAGCGGCCGCUACUUGGACCUGGACGAGAUCGUGCGCUCCAUCCAGGCCGGGGAGCGAGUUGUAAUAAUGUGUGCCAGCGGUGACACAAUAAGGAACAUCAUGCUAGUUGCUCAUCGACAAGGAAUGACCAAUGGGGACUACGCUUUCUUCAAUAUUGAACUCUUCAACAGCUCGUCAUAUGGAAAUGGCUCGUGGAAGAGAGGAGACAAACAUGACCUUGAAGCAAAGCAAGCCUACUCAUCCCUCCAAACAGUCACUCUACUGAGGACAGUGAAACCUGAGUUUGAGAGGUUUUCCAUGGAAGUGAAAAGUUCUGUUCAGAAACAAGGUCUGAACGAGGAUGAUUACAUUAACAUGUUUGUGGAAGGAUUCCAUGAUGCCAUUCUCCUCUAUGCUCUGGCUUUGCGUGAAGUCCUAAAAUAUGGUUUUAGCAAGAAGGAUGGGGAUAAAAUUGUUCAUCAGACACGGAACAGGACAUAUGAAGGCAUUGCAGGGCAGGUAUCCAUCGAUGCCAAUGGAGACCGAUAUGGGGAUUUCUCAGUGAUUGCAAUGACCAACCCAGAAGCAGGCACACAGGAGGUGAUUGGGGACUACUAUGGAAAGCAAGGGCGUUUUGAAAUUCGAUCAAAUGUGAAGUAUCCUUGGGGUCCUGGCAAGCUGAGAAUAGAUGAAAACAGAGUUUUAGAGCACACGAACAAUACGCCUUGUAAAUCAUCAGGUGGCCUGGGAGAGUCAGCAGUUACAGGGAUCGUAGUGGGUGCCUUACUUGGAGCAGGAUUACUAAUGGCUUUCUACAUUUUCAGAAAGAAAUACAGAAUAACUAUUGAGAGACGAAGUCAACAGGAAGAGUGUAAUGUGGGCAAGCAUCGACAGUUACGUGAAGACUCCAUUAGAUCUCAUUUUUCUGCCGCGUAAAGAAGAAAAAAAAUCUCAUUCUUCCUGAAAAAAACUUUAGGGAAAUGGACAAAACCAAAGACAUCAGUGUAAAAGAAGAGGCUCUUGAAGAACUAAUUCUUUAAGCAGUAGAGUCAUUUUAUCUUAAUUUCUUUCAAAAACUCAGGAAUGAUUUACUAAUCACAUUAUGCCACAUGGCCUUUCAUCUCGUGGAAAAAAAAAGAUAAUUUCACAUUAUAGGAUGUUCUUAGUGUUUUGAGAGGGUAUUUUCUAAGACAUUUAUUGAGGGCAGCAGUUUUGUGCUUAGGGCUGGGAAUGCUUCUUCCUGACCCCUUCUUUUUAACUCCUAGUGCUUCCUUUCUUAGCUGCAUCACAAGCAAGGAUAUCAAAAUGUGGUUUCAGUGCUGCUUUGCCAUUAAAAUAAAGAUGUCUUCAUUAUGGGCUUCCUGCAUUAUUGAAACCAAUGGGCCACUUUGCCCUGGACCUCAGUAGGUGCAGGAUAAGACCGCUAGAGUUUAAUCUCAGGAGUUGGCACUUGAGAUGUAAAUAACUAUUGAGAAAGUAGGGGGUGGAAGCACUCAAGUCAUUUUUUCAUUGCACGUACAGUAUCAAAAUCAAGACAGGGAAUACAGAGACUGAAUCUCUUCUCACUUAUAGUAGUGUAAGUCAAGAGUAGCUUCAUUGCAGUCAGUGGCGUUUCACUGGUAUGGGACAUAAGCAAAGGGAGAAACAGAACCCUGGAGUAGAAGUGCUUUUUCUUCAGCCUAACAUAUGCUUUUAUAUUGUAACAAAACAUCCCAGAAGAGUCAUCAUCCUUCUCUCUCUCCACGAUCACCACCUCUUAGAAAGGCUAGUGCAGUACCUAAAGGGCUGGCUUCUGCUCCCAUUGAAGUCAAUGGCAGAAAUGCCCCUGAUUUCAGUGAGAGGAGGGUACGAUCCAGACUCUGUAAAUAUUAAUAAUAGGGGAGUGUUUGUACAGUAACGGUAAUUCAAAAGAUUUUUUUUUUAUAAAAAUGACAUUCCGUGCUAGCAUUUUAUUUUUAGGUUUCUUUAUCUUGUAUUUUUCGAUUAGAAAUGGUCUAUUUUGGCUUUGAUAAAAUUAAAAGUCAAGGCGAGAAGGUUUGAAGAAAUAUUUUUACAGUGUGAAUAAUGUACACAGGAAGUCAUUGAUGUAAAUAAAAGUUAUUUUGGUUUAUGAAUAUUAACCAGUUUUUUCCCCUCCCUCUUCCCCAGGCAUGUGCAGAAUGCAAAUAAUUAAUUAGCUAAAGUAAAAUGCAAUUGAUUACUUAGUUGUAAAAUUGCAAAAAAUUAUUCAGAUUACAAAUUUAGACCCUAAUCCUGCAGACAUUUAACUUUACACACAUUCAAAUCAAUGAGACUGACUACAUACAUGGGUAAAGUAAAGCGUCUGCAGGAUUGGAGCUUUAAGAUGCUGCUGUGGGGCCUGAUCCAGAUCCUGCUGACAUUGGUAUCUUUGAUAAUUAUCUCAUUAAUUUUAUCAUGGACUUCAAUUGGAGCAGGACUGGCUCUGUUAAAAGUAGGUUAUUUUAUACUGUAUAUAGAAAAGUUCUAAACACUUUCUAGUCAGGAAAUGUAGGUAUUAUUUAGAAUGCCUGAUUUGGAGAGUAAUCGCUCUAAGAGUAUUGCCUGAGAGAGAGAAAAUUUACUAAGUUUGUGAAUCCUUUGGUUUAUCCUGGCAAUUUUUCAUAUUAAGAAAACUUUUCUUUAACAGAGCCCUUAAAACUAGUCCCUAAGGCAGUGGUCCCCAAACUCUGGGGAAUACCCUCCUGGGGUGUGCGCGCACAGAGGAACAUCUGGGGGCAGCACAGCAGGGCCCAUGCCAGCCCCUACCAGGGGACAGGGAGGGAGCUCCAUCGAGCCCCACUCUGCCCCCAGUUCCGCUCCAGCCCCAGCUCCUGGCCACAGUGGAUACCCUGACUCCACUCCUGGCCCUGGCCACAGCUCUGCUCCGACCCCUACUCUCAGCCGCUGGCUCCUGCUCCUGGCCCCAGCUGCGGCUCCCAGCCCAGCCAUAACUCCACUCCCGGGGCGGGCGCAGACACAUUCUAUUACUGGCAAGGGGGAGGGCGCGAGAGGAAAAGUUUGGGGACCACUGCGCUAAGGGCCAGAUUCUGCCAUCAUUUACACUAGUGUAAGUCCAGAGAAAGUGCACCGAAGUAGCUUACAGUAAAUGGAGAGCAGAAUUUGGCCCGAUUUGUUUUAUUACAGCUCUCUAUUUUUUCAGUGUGUGGACAGAUUUUGCUGAUGUGUUUGAUCUACUUUUUUCUAAAAUAUGUAUCUGGGCAUGUGGUUUACUCAGGGCCGGCGCUUCCAUUUAGGCGGCCUAGGCAAUCGCGUAGGGCGCCAGGAUUAUUGGUGGGUAGCAUUUUGCCGGGGGGGGCGGCAGGUAGCUCCGGUGGAGCUGCCGCAGUCGUGCCUGCGGACGGUUGGCUGCUCCCGCGGCUCCGGUGGACCUCCCGCAGGCACCACUGCGGCAGCUCCACCGGAGCCACGGGACCAGGGCGCGGGGCGUCGAAAUUGCCAUGCGCCUAGGGCGCUAAAACCCCUAGAGCCAGUCCUGGGUUUACUGCCUGCAUUUGUGAAGUUCUGUCUGAUUCCUCAGGCAUCGAGGCAGGGGCCCAUUCUUGGAGCUGCUCCAGAGUAGAUCAAAGCGGCUGGAAACUGUGGAUUUGAGACCUUAAGGAUUCCCUCUCAUUGGGUAGCACAGAGUAAGGUAGAGGCUCUAACAUAACUCAUUUCACAGCCCAGGUCUGCAGUGUGCGUCUGUUGAAAAAAUGACAUGGCCAAUGUACCACUAUAGCCCAGUGAACUUUGGUCACUAGACUGGCCCCCCUCAAGCCAUGAACCACCGAGCUUGGCAUAGGUUAGAGCAGAAUUCACAUUGCACUAGAGCUGGCUGAAAAAAGCUGAUCAAUUUUUUGGAAAAUUUCUAAAAUGUUUUAGUUGAAACUGAUUUUGAAAAUGUUAGCAAAAUUUUUUACUGGUUUCAAACUCAUUUUGAUUUGUUUGUCACUUUUGGAAAUAUUCAAUUUGUUUUUUUCCUCUUUUUCUCUCAUUUUCUGUUUUGCUACUGAAAGUAGGGAAAGAAAAAGAGGGAAGGAAAAAAGCAAAAAAUAAAAACCAAAAUGUUUUUAUAGUAAACCAGGGCAGUUUAAAAUAUUAUAUUUUUUCACAAAACAAAACAUUUUGUUUGCUGUGACAUACACGGGAGGCUGAUCUAUUGUCCCCCCCGACCUGCCUCACAGAUCAGAAACACAAAGGUGGGCUCAAGCUGCAUUUGUCCUCAUCACCUGGUCUUGUGCCAAGCACAGUUAAGUCCAGGUAGAGGAUCUGGGGUAAUUAACAGUACAAUUUUUUAUCACAUGAUCUUGUUUCAGCUAAAUGGAAUUGAGGAGAAAACAGAAAAGGGUAAUUAGAGAGCCACUGUGAGGCUGAAAAAAAAUCAUGCAGCCCUGGAUUAUCUGUAUCCUUUUAAUCACAACCCUAGAUAGCAUUGCCCAGGAAGUCUCACCAGCUGGGGCUCCUAUGCAGGACUGGCCACAGCUUAAAGCACCACAACCCACUUUAUUCACUUCCAGAGGAGGCACCAUAACAUUGGGAGCAUAGCAGACUGCUGUUGGAAGAAUGCGUGUUUAGCUAUUUUUUUAAAAUCUCUGUCCUGUGUUAGUAAUAACACUGUAGAUGAUUAAAAGUGAACAAUUUUUUAACAUUACUUUUUACCGUUGAUGUAGUUUGUUUAUUUUUUACAUUUUUCUCAAUUUGGACAAGGAAAAUAGACUAGUCAGUCUCCCUCUCUGGUUCUCCUGCAGUAGCUCAGAGCUUAGGCUUCAAAUACUGCAGGGCAAUGUUUAAAUUCAAACAAAAAACACUGAUUUUCAAAUAAGUUUUUAAAGAAUUCUUUGGAUCUAAGGGGCUAUACAAGUAAAUAAAAUGUAUUGUAAUAUGUGGGUUUCAGAAAGUUGUUUAACCAAAACCUGUAUUUGUGGCUAUCCAUAUAUAACAAUAACAACAAAUAAUCAACAUAUAAAGGCCACAAAUGAGCCCAGCACUUUAGCACACAAACUUAAGCACAUCCAUACGUGUUAAAGUGAUAUAGUUAAUAGAGAAUUCAUACAUAAUUUUUUUUUUUUUUGGUAGCAGUUAAAGAUGUUGGGGAAAGCUCUGCUUUCAGAUAUAUGCCUAAUGCCCAUUGGCUGUCUGAAUAUCUGCAGGCAGAGUUUAUGAGUACAGGAGCUUUUGUUUAAAUGACACAUUUCACAUGAGAAAGUUGAAGUAUUUGCACUGUGCACAUCUCUGUUUAUAGAAAUAUUAGUCAGAAAGGAGUUUCAAUGAUGUGUGGUCUUUUAUUUUCAGACAUCUUCGAAUACGGAAUGAAAAUGAUCCCGUAGACCAUAUGAGGCCAAAUUUCUGUUGAAGUCAAUAGAAAUGUUGCCAGUGAAAGAUUUCAGGACUGGACCAUCUGAAGGGGUUAACAAGUAGUGCAAUGGGCUAUGAUAGUGUUUUCUCCUCUUGGGAAUCACAAGAAACCUGUGUACGUCUUUUUGGCCUUAAUUCUGUCUUAAAUUUAGCAUGUAUGUGAAAUGGAGACCAUCCCUUUAUAUUUUACCCAUCUGGUUUAAAGGGGAGGCUUUGGUGUUUUACAAGGAUAUUAUUGACUUUUUAUCAGGAAAAUAAUAUUGCUAUGACUUGGAGACUUUAUCUUGGAUUAGUGUUUAAUUAUGAAAUAACUGUGUAGGUUUUUUUUUUUUAAAUCCAGAAUUGCUUAUUCCAGAAUGCACAUUUCAAAAUGCCUCUGACUGGUGUACACCACAUUUAGACCCUACAAAAAUGACUUUUAAAAGGUGCUGGACUAGAGUUCAUUCAAAAUUUCUCAUUAACCACUAAUGUUAAUAGUCUGCAUCGAUUGCAAAAUACUCUGAAGAAUCUGACACUGUUAAAGUUUAUGUGCUAAACUACAGCACAUCAGACGCCUUUUGUGGAUUCAUUAGGUGCUGAAACUUCAGAAGGUUAAAAAUCCUGACUCGGUGUAAAUUGUUGCUUGGUGUUUCUGUUGCGUGAAUGUUCCUACCAGACACUUGAGCAAGCAGAGGAAAUGUACCUAAUAAGGGAUUUUAAAAAAUCUUGUUUUGAUUGUUAAUUUCUUAAUCUAAGAUGAUCUGCACAAGGAAUAACUGCACAAUUCUCUCACAGCAAAGUGUGUAACCAUGUGUUUUACAAACAUUAGGCCAGAUCAUCAGCUGACAAUUAUUGGCACAGCUACAUUGACUUCAGUAGAGUUGCACUGAUAUUUACCAGCUGAAGAUCUGGUUCAUUUCUUUGACGCCUUAUCCCCUAUGACCCACAUGCAUGGGUGUUUCUCCGUAUAGUAUAGGAGGCACCACUAAAAAUCCAGUGUAACAGUUACCACAUAGUGGUAUACGAGAUCAUUACAGUUUUUCUUUGUAUUUAGUACAUAUCUGGGGUGACUGUGGGGUAACGAUUGGCAAGUGUUGACUAUUUAAUGGCUUCUAGUGUAGCAAAGAAUUCAAGGUGUGGAAAGGUCUGUUGGGAAUAGAGAAUUAAUACCUGCGCAGUUGAGUUGAGGGAGAAAAGAAAGAGAAACUCAGGGACUGAUUGUACACCCAUUGAUGUGUUACUGACUUCAGUGAGAGCAGGAUCAAGCUCUUGCUUUCUGCACAGGAUGCGGUCUAUAUUAUUUUAUAGUUAAGCUCAGAGGGCCAGCCUAAGGACUAUUCACCAAUUAAAUCCCAAAAUAUGGCUUACAUUAAAUUUAAGUGGCACAUAGGACUUGGGCUGACCUUCUGCCCAGGGGUGAAUCUCACCUCUAAAACUAAGUGCUUACCUAAAUAAGAGUGUUUAUUUUAUUGAGCAUGUCUAAAAAUAUAAAGCCCCAGGCUUUGGGGCAGGAUGCUGAAAGGAAGGUGAUGGGAUGGAUUUGCUUUGUUCCUUGUGCCUAGUAUGUAAUUAUCACGAAACCAAGAGGACUCAGGAUAGAGACUGUGGAAGUUAACUUUGUCCCCUUUUUUGGGAUGUUACUAUUCAUUAUCAAUGUAAAAAUACUGGACAACACAGAAAUGUAGUAUCAGUCUAGUAGAAAAUGAAUGGAAAGCUGCACAGUAUAUUGUACUGAUGUAAGUAGAACUAUAUGCAUAUAAUGUGAUUUUAUUUAUUGUUUUUGUGUAAAGGAGAAUGUGUAUUCAUGACUGUGGAUAUAACCUCUGUUUUAUGUGUGUAAUGUAUUUCUUUCUUUUACAAGUUGGUCAUUUAAAAUAUCUACAUUCAUCAGUGCCCACUGAUUUUAAUUGUGUACAUUUUUUGUAAACACAUCAAGGCGGCAAGAAUGUCACAUAUCCAGAGUAUAACAAAAUGUUCCCAUUAAAGAAAUAGAAAUGUGAUAGUGUACAUUUUCCUGCUCUGUUCUCAUCACCUGUUGAUUUUAUUGUUGGUCUCUAAUGUUUGGAGACAUCAGAGUAUAGUGUGUUAAUGAUAAAAAGAUUCUUCUGAUUUUACUUUUUACACAUCUAAUGAAAUCCUGAUUUUAAUAAUGACUAGGGCUUAUCAAAGGUGAAGUAUUAAAUAAAUCCAGUAAUUGAUUA